GAUUAAUACUUCACGAAAAAUAUAUCAUGGUAAUUGGUUCUGUGAUUCUACACUUGGAAAACAUUUUCAUGAUAAUAUGCUCAAAAAUAUUAUUGCUGAUUGUAAAAUUGAUGCAAAGGGACGAAAUCUUGUCAAUCAUUCAAUGCGUUCAACUGGAAUAUCUUUAUGGAUGUUACUUGGUAUAUCUCAUGCAGAACAGAUGGAUAUUACAGGACACAGGACACUUGCUGGCAUUUCUUCAUAUUCAACUUCAACUGUUCAACAAAGAAAAAAUAAUGUUUCACUUCUUAUUCCACAAAAAAGAAAUAUGGAUGAUCCUAUCGAAAUUUCUUCUAAUAAUUUUCCUACAAAAAAACGAAAUACUUUAACGGAAAUUACAUCUGAAAAUCAAG